AUGCCGGCCGUAGUGACCGCUCGAAUUGUGAAACAAUUUAGUCGAGAGGAUUGCGAUAACGGUGUGUAUCGUGUUGAAGUCUCGAAAAGCGUGACAACGCACCAUCACAACAUCGCACAAUCACUUUAUCGACGGUACGCUGAAAACCUAAAGGUUGUUGAUCCGUCCCUGCUUGGACUGGCCAAGAAUCUUUACGAGGGCGGAUCUUCGGUGAAGCGGAUUCUACAAUUCCUUAAGACUCGCUCUGACAAAAUCAUAGUAUCGGAAGAUGUUCACAAUAUUGUUCAGACGUUCAAGCUGGAGGAAGGGAGGGUGCCCUUGAAGCUCGAGUGA